UCUUACAGCGGAUGUUGUUGUCAGCUGACAGUACUUCCUCCUCGCGUAUUUCUCCUGUGUGAUUUCACCCACAAUUAUCAUCUUUUUCAUUUCAAACACGCUGAAAUAUUUAAUGUGGAGGGAACACAGAAAUAAAUGAAAUGUCUGCGAAACCAACUUGUUUGAUAGUGGCGAGUGCUUCUCCUCAAGGGGUGUCAGCAAAGUCUUUCUAUCAGUCCUUCAGUCUUUGUACCGCAGCGUUUAAUCUCCAAACAGCCACUCCUGGGGGGAAGCCAAUAGACUUUGUUGGAGUCGAUGAAAGCACUGCUAGAUGGGUGCAAGACUUCAAGGUGAAACCCUACGCAACACCAGCCAAACUUGAGUCUAUAGACGGGGCCCGCUACCAGGCGCUGCUCAUCCCGGACUGCCAUGGAGCGCUGAAUGACCUGGCACACAGCGGCUCUCUGCACCGCAUUCUCACACACUUCAUCUCUCACCAAAAGCCGGUUUGUGCAGUUGGACAAGGAGUGUCGGCGCUGUGUUGUGCCACUGAGGGACAGAGCUGGAUCUUCAGUGGCUACAGCUUAACAGGGCCAUCAGUGUUUGAACUGGUGCGGAGGCCUGACUUUGCCAACCUGCCCUUGGUUGUGGAAGACUUUGUGAAAGACAGUGGUGGGUCAUACACAGCAAGUCAAGAAGACUCUGUGCACGUAGUCAUAGACAGACACGUAAUAACUGGUCAGAAUAUGCAGUCGACCUCACUUGCUGUAAAUAAUCUAAUCCUGCUCUGUAGUGCCAAGUAAAAAUAGAAAAUGUUGGAGCUUAUUUGUACCACAUUUAUAUUCAUGAACAUUCAUCUCAGACGUUGGAAGAUGCUGGGUCGGCACAGAUGUUUGGCAACACUGUAAAUACAAAUUCAUUACUUGUCAAUGCUUGUUAUUAUAAACCUAACUUUAAAAAAACCCCACAAAAAAACAAACACACAAAAUGUCUUGAUUUGAAAAUUAAAAAAAAAAAAAAAAGAUAAACUUGGGGUGUCAAGAGUAGAUGCAGAUCCAUUGAAGAUGUUGAGGAUGCAUCUUCACUGCCAGCAAAGCUGCACCCAGGAGCAGAAAUGUUUGCGGGCAAUGGAGCGCAAAACAGCACAAGAUUUCUGUAUUUGGACUGAAGAGAGGCUGCAGAUGUUUGUGGCACAUGAACUCUGAAGGCCUCAAGAGUAUAAGCCCUCAUUUAACCUUUAUACAUAUUGAUGAUCAUGCAGCCUCUGUUGUUGAAUGGAGAUGUAUUACUGCAUUCUGUACGGAAUGAAAAGUUGAAUUUUUUCACACAAUAUCAUCAAUUAAAAGGAAAACAUACUGAAGUA